CCAGCAGGCCUAUUUUGAGGACAAGGUAUUGGUUUUAUGAAUGCUGCACUGUGAGCGAUCUGCAGAUAAGGAGUCAGUGGGAUUAUGUUGGAUAAGGGGGGAAACAAUAUAAAGGCAGAGUUCUCACAGAAUGAACAGGAGACUGGUUACCAGGGUUAUCAGUGUGCCCAGUCUUCUGAUUUUAGCCUGGCUGGAGACAUGAUGUUUGCCCCUGUGUUAGUGGCUGGUAUUCUAGGCCUUCUUGUUGGAAAAGCUAUGCCUGUAUGUGUCCCAACAGAAUAUACUCUCUAUGUUGAGAAGCCAGAAUGUGACUACUGUGUGGCUAUCAACACCACAAUAUGCAUGGGCUUCUGUUUUUCAAGGGACAGUAACAUGAAAGAAUUGGUUGGACCUCGCUUUCUAAUCCAGAGGAGCUGUACCUAUCAGGAUGUGGAGUAUCGUACAGCUGUUUUACCUGGCUGUGCCCCUCAUGCUGAUUCUCACUUUACCUAUCCAAUUGCUCACAGCUGCUACUGCAGCAUGUGUAACACACACAGAGAUGAAUGUGCCCACAAAACCAGAUUCAGUGCAGCCAAGUGUAUUAAACCAGUCCAACAUUCAUAUCCCUAUUCUGGGCAGAGUGACUACGUCUAACCCAGCUUCAGUGAUAUUUUUGAUAAAAGCUAUAUUUCCGAGGCAAAGUGAACACUUGAGGAUUUUGU